AUGCAACUCCCACUCCUCUCAACCUCCUGGCUGCUACUACUGCUCUCCAGCCUCACCACAGCAGCAACAGCAACACCAGCAGCAACACCAGCAGCCCCAGCAACAACAGCCUCUCCCUCUCCCUCACCCCGAUUCUACUCCAACACCUGGGCCGGAGCCGCCCAAGUCCGGCAAAACAACACCUCACCCUUCUCCUCCAUCGAAGGCACUCUAAUCCUACCUCGCCUCUCACUCCCCUCCAACCCCCAAAACACCGUCGACCAAUACUCCUUCAGCUACUGGAUCGGACUAGACGGCUACCAAAGCCCCGGCGGAAGCGGUCUCUGGCAAGCCGGCGUAGUCGGCCACAUUUUCCCUCACAACAACACUCGAAAAUACGUGGGAUUUUGGGAAUGGAUUCCCGAUCCGUAUGAAUUUGUCCCUGUAAAUGAUUUUCCCGUCUUGGAAGGAGAACAUGUAUAUGUGAGAUUGAAUGUUUCAUCAAAUGGAAUGCUCGCGACGGUGUAUAUGGAAAAUCGGAAUUCGUCGAAAGUUAUUACGCAUACGCGUUCGGCGCCGACGAAAUGGCGUGGACCGAGUUAUUCGAUUCCCGGGACGUCGGCGGAGUGGAUUGCGGAGUCGGGGACGUAUGAGAAUUAUACGAAACAGGUUUUGCCGGAUUUUGGGACGGUGGAGUUUUAUGAUGCGAAAGCGUUUCGACGCGAUGGGACGGUGGUGAGGGCGGGGGAUGCGAGGACGAAUGGAUUGCAGAUGUUUGAGAAUUUUUGGGUGGAUUCGGAAAUGUUGUAUUCGAAUGCGCAGGUGGUGGAGGGGGAGACGGGGGUCAGGGUGGAGUAUAUUGAGGAAAAAUGUGAGGAGUGUGCGGUGCAAUGUUUGGCUGCGGGGACGUGCUUGAAUACGACGACUUCUACCGGCUGA